UAGGGGCAGGUUAGGUGGGCAGAGAGCGACGAGCGACUCGAGAGAGGGAGGCAGCAUACGCCAGAUCCCCGCAGCUCGGACCGAGCGGAAUCUCAGCCAGCAGGCAAGCCCCGAGAAGUAGCGACGCUGCACAUGGACAUCCCGCAGCUGGCAGUGGUCUGAGUCCCCCUCCUGAGAUAGCCAUCCUCACAGCGGGAGACACAGGAGCAGGCGCUGAGAGCGGAGCCAGUCCUCACACUAACCGCAGGAGUUCACAAACCAAGAGUGAGCAGCUUCACAGGGAGUGAUCGGGAAAGGGGGAAGAAAGGUAUUCCUCCCCCCUCCGCAUCCACCACCACGCCCCGAGAGAGGGAUACAUUCCUGUGGAUAAGGAAACAUUCCUGCUUUAACGCAGAGACAACAAACGGAUUCCAUUCAGAGAGGGAUAUAACACUGACGCGAUACACAAGGAUACAAUCCAGAAACACUGUAUCAAGAGAGUGAGCCAGGCAUUCCUUAGAAAUCCGCUAAUUUCUGACUGGCCUUCCCUCCGCCUGGAGAAUGGCUAAAUGGGACUCGCUGUGGAAAUAUUACUGGGGAGUUUUAUUCGCGCUGUGCAGGAGUGCUCUUCCGUUAGCUAAGAGUUUAGACACUGUCGCUUGGCAUUCCCAAAACACCAAAUUCCAAGCUGGGAAAGGCCUGGUAUUGUACCCAGAGAUCGGCGACAAGCUGGAUAUAAUCUGUCCGAAAAUGAACAAUCAAGACCAGUACGAAUAUUACAAGCUGUACCUGGUGACUGAGGCCCAAGCAGAAGCGUGCAGCACUGUCAUCAACCCCCACUUGCUUGUUGCAUGUAACAAACCUGAUAAGGAAAUAAAAUUCACAAUCAAAUUCCAGGAGUUUAGCCCCAACUACAUGGGGCUAGAGUUUGCUAGAAACAGAGAUUACUUCAUUAUCUCAACUUCCAAUGGUUCAUUCGAAGGGUUGGAGAACAGAAAUGGUGGAGUAUGCAGAACUCGAUCCAUGAAGAUAAUUAUGAAAGUUGGGCAAGAUCCAAACACAAGGCCAACACUGAAAGAAAAGCAUCCUACAAGAGCACCAGGUAAAGGCCAGGAUAACACAGUGAAGAGCGUAAUCUCUCUCUGGAAGGAACCAUCUUCAGAAGAAAAACCUGGGAAUACAGCUACUGACAGUCAGAUUAAAGACAAGUUGAACAAGAAUGAGGGAAUCUUUGGCUCAAAAAUGGCACUCUUCGCUGCAAUUGGAGCAGGCUGCAUCAUCUUUAUCCUCAUCAUCAUCUUCCUUGUGGUUCUCUUAAUAAAGUUUAGAAAGCGACAUAGGAAGAGUUCCCAGCAGAGAUCAGCCGUCCUCUCUCUCAACACACUGGCAAGCCCAAAGUGUAGUGGAAAUAGUGGCUCGGAGCCCAGUGACAUCAUAAUCCCGCUGAGGACUAAUGAUAACAAUUAUUGUCCUCACUAUGAAAAAGUUAGUGGUGACUACGGCCAUCCAGUGUAUAUUGUUCAGGAGAUGCCUCCACAGAGUCCUGCAAACAUCUACUACAAAGUUUGAUGGCCAGGAAAAUGUGAGAGAAUUCCAAUUUUCACCUGGCCUUUUUCAUAAUAUCUAAAUCUUCUCCUGACAUGUACAGACUCCCCAUAUGCAAAGUGUCUUUGGGAGAGUAUGGAUAAAACUGACUGUGGCCAGCAAGAAAGAUUUCAGUAUUAAGUUCAGCAAGCUUAUGUUUUAAGAGAAAAAAGAGAAAAAAAGAAAAAAAAAAGAAAAUUGGAAGAUGACUUUCUUUGCAACCAAGGAGGCUGAAGAUUUAUAGUGUGUGAUGGGCUCAGAUCUAUUCACAACCUUUUCUUUCUUUUCCGUAAAGCCAUUCCCUCAGUAAAAGGCUUGAAAGAGGGAGGAGCUCAAAACAAAUUCCACCCUCUUUUAUCUUCCAUUUUCCAAAUGCAAGAAAGAUUUGAAAAGUAAUGAGAAGAUCAAAGCCUCUAAGAUUUAAGUUGUGAGGAGAAGCCACAGUUGAAAAGCAAAACUAGGGACGUCUCCAAACAGACAAUUAAAAAGACUGAGGAUUACGAAGCAGUUGGUUCUCUGUAGCACAGAGAUCUUGAGGCUGCUUCAAAACUUUACGAACUCCAACUGCUCAGGGGAUGAGACUUGCAACGCAAAAACUCAGAUUGGGUUGGGUCAGGGGGAAGGACAUUUCACAUUUACUUUUCUUGCUCAUUUCAACUACGCUCCCUCUUACUCAUUUCCCAAUCCUUGAUUUGAAAGAUAAUUUUUGUUGUAAUGUGAUCUAUGUAAAUUAUAAACAUACUCAACAAUCUAUCCUUAGUUUAUGUACAAAUCUAGCCUCCACCUCACCCCCCCCCCCCCCAGUUCCUUUUGAAAAUAUUUUGACAAGAAUAUAAUCAAGGUUAGUGAAAUAAUGCUCAGAUGGUCUGUGGUAAUCAGGGUGCAAUUGAUUACUAGUUGGUCGUUUUAAGGUUAGUCUAGUUAAUAUGCAGCCUUUGAUUUAUACCUUGUUGGGGAUUGUGUUGGUUGGUCUGGGCUUGCCUGGUGAAUGCAAGGAAUGAUUAUCUAAUAGGAGUGUGGUAAAUGUUAAUAAUGGCCAGCUAGCCCAACUCAGUAUUUCAGUCCAAGAUAAUACAAAAGAAAAGCAAAUGUAUGAUUUGGCAUCCUGUUUGAAAUAGUGUAAAUCAGAGAGAUGGGGUCAAUUUUGAUGGGGACGAAAGUUUUUCAUUUCUCCCGGCGUAGUAGCAGGGCCAUAAUGCUAUACAUUUGGCGUAAGAUCCAGAUGUGCUUACAGACUAUCCUGAAAGGAGUGAACAUCUGAUACUAAAACUGCUGGCAGAGGUUAUAAUGGGCAGGCAUUGGCCUUACAGACUGGUUUGAAAGUGUGUUCUUCAUUGCCUUGAAAGCUUGUAGAUAGAUGGGGGUUUAAAAUAUUUAAAACAAUAUAAAAUGCCUUCAACUCAUGGGGUGGGGAAAACAUUAUCAGUCCUGGUUUUAUGCAAGAUUCAUUCAGAAUGGGAGUUAUUUCCUUAGUUUUAGUCAAAUGAAUUUGAGUUUUGAUGGUGUGCACCUACCAGCAAGGGCUUGAUCAGCUCUAGCAAUCUUCUGCAGCGCCAGUGAAAGAUGCUAAUAACACUCAGCUUAUUCACUGAAAGACCUUUCUGAUGCACCACUGUUGAAUGACUCAAUGGGCUAUUCAAUUUCACACUUUGAAAUUGAUUUAUUCUUCUUCCUAUUCCCCCAUCAGUUGAGGGAGCUUAAUGUCAUACAGCAAAAAAACAAAUAAAAUAUCAACUUGUCCAUCAAACAUGUUGCAACCUUUUUGAUCUCUGUCUGUUUCUCUCUCUCUCUCUCUCUCUCUCUCUCUCUCGCUCGCGUUCUCGCACUCAUUCUUGCUCUCUCUCACUCUUGCACUCUCUCUCCUUUGGUUAGAAAUACUAUAUCCUCUAUGUUCUUCUUUCGUUCCUGUUAAGCUUCAAAUGUCACAUCUUCCGUGCACUCGUUGCUCCCUGCAUCCUAAUUGAUAGAUUCAAGAUCCAUUUGCAAUAUGUUAUAUUUCCAUUACUAAAUAGUAGAACCUACCCUUUUAAAAUUGACAUAACCUUUUAAAAUCUAAAGGAAAUACUACUCCUUUUAUUUAUCACAACAUUGUUCUCAUUAUUUUCAGCCUGGGACCUUAUACCUAGGUUUCAAAGUAAUAAAAGAACUGCAUCCACAAAACUUUUCAAUGUGUUGAUGAAAGCACAACUCUUUUCCUAUGUUGUGAUUUCAGGCAAAUUGAUUCCCUCCAGCUCUGUCUUUUCACUUGCUGUUCGUAGUACCUAUUGCAGGAACUUGGAGCUGAGGUAAAUAUUGCUGAUGAGGUUGAGUUGAUUGUACUUAUAUUGAUGCUUUAAAUUCAUGCUGACCCCCCCCCCCCCAGUUGCUUAUGUCCUGACGUCUGUCCAGUGAUGCUCUCACUUCAAUCCAUUGCAAGCAAAUGUCUAAUGUGGCAUAUACAAUUGGAAAAUAUUGACUGAGAUCUGCGAUAUAAAACAUCCCAUUUUAUCCCUUUCAGAUGCUGACGUAACAGCAGUGAAGUUUUAACAUUUGUUCAUUUAAUUUCAAUCUCUUAAACUUGCAGUUUUAAUCUUUUGAUAUGCUUGUUUAUUUGAGAAAUUUGGCAGUAUCCAGCAGCACAAACGUUUAAUAAAAACUAAUAUUCAAGCAUUAAGAAAACUGAACAAACAAUCAAUGAAAUGAACAAAAUUGUCUGUACAACAGCAGCAAUAGGACUUCCAGUCAAGAUAUUAAAAUCUGAAACACAUUAAACAUUAGGAGAGUGGAAGAAAACCUUAGUGGAUUCCCAAGCAGAGGUCAAAAGUCCUCCUUUGCCAUCCUUCCAUUUCCCCUGAAGACAUGCUCUGACUGAGACUAAAGAAAAUGGUCACAGAAUUUAUCUCAAGGUAGUGAGGAUGUUGACAUGCUGAUGGGAAGACUGUGUCAAUUGUUAUACUUGAUAAAGCAUUCCCAAUAAGUAUCUACUCAAAAAAAUAAUAUUCAUGUGACAAAAUCAGCAUUUUUUUAGUAAUAUAACAGAAAAUGAUCAAAAUACUCAGCAGGUAACGUAGCAUCAGAAACAGUGUUGGACUUGUAUGAUCUUUCAUGAGGACUGGUGAAAGCUUAUCAAUCAGAGGUAUUGCCUCUACUUCUCUUCAUCGAUGCUGCUUGACCUAGAGAGAACUUCCAGCAUUUUGUGUAUUUGUUUCAACUUUCCAACAUCCACAGUACAUUGCUUUUGUUUUCUCGGUUAUUAUAGUGGGAUAAAAUUAGUCAGUUGUGGGAGCCUGAGAAAAUGAAUCAUUUUCAUAAGUCUUUAGAAUGUGCAAGAAAAAUCAGAAUUAUUCCUAAAAACAGUUAUAUGCACACUUCAGUCAUAUUUAAUUUAUGGAGCUGAUGCCUGAGUUGGGUUUUGAAAUGUAGCCAGUAUGCAGGCUCUGGAAUCAGUUCUCUGAAUCAGUUUCAGAUAAAAGCUUGUUUGGAAAUCUUGAUUGCUAACAGGUUUGAAACAAUUUCCACACUGCUCUGCUUCCUGUUUUGCUGUGAUUAUACGCUGAUAGGUUCAUUUGUUUCAGGACUGGUGAUGUGUUUGAUUGGCUGGGUGACAAAAUUUUAGUGAAUCAUUAAAAAAACUAAUGAAACAUGCACUUUUUGCAAACAGAGUCAGUGUAUUGUAGUACAUAUAAGGGGCCUGCUGCAUGCACAUAAUGUACAAAUGACAUAGCCGUAAACAACCAGACAAAGAUACUAGCUAAAGAAAUGUGGAUCUGUGUGCACACAGAUAUGACCUGCCAUAAGUAUAAGCAGAUGCAUACUGUAGAUGCACGUACAGGUAUGUGCCAUAGAUAAAUACAUGGCGUGCAAACAGAUAAAAGUAGCAAGUUAUGAAGAGAAAACAAGCAGGCUAUGAAGGGAUAUCAGUUAAUUUAGUGGGAAAAGAUCUAGUAAAUGGUGCACAAUGCAGGAAAUUCACUCUUUUGAUUGGAAGAAUAAAAAUGUAGACAACAUUAAUGUUGAGAGUUUACAGAGCUCUGUGAUGCAGAUGAAUUUUCAAAAGGUUUAUAUGUGAAAUCAACAAAUUAUGAGGAAAAUGACAAUGUCUAUUGCAAGAGCAAUUAGAUACAAAAAAGAGAGGGAUUAUACUUCAGUAAUAUGGGGCAUUUUAAGACCACAUCUGGAGUACAGAAUACAAUAUUGGUCUCCUUAUUUAAGGAAGGAUGUAACUGUGUUGGAAAGAGUUCAGAGAAGGUUUACUGGACUAAUAUCUGGCAGGGGCAGAUUGUUUUAUGAGGUAAGGUUGAGCAGCCUAGAGUUGUAUCUGCAGGAAUUUAGAAGAUUAAGAGGUGACUUGUUUGCAAUAUCCAAGAUCCUGAGAGUUCUUGACAUGCUGGAUAUGGAAAGGGCGUUUCUUGGUGUGGGAGGAUCUAGAACUAGCAGCCACUGUUAAAAAUUAAAGGUUGCUGAUUUAAGACAGAAAUGAAGCUUUUUUUCCCCCACAGAGGGUAACGGGUCUUUGGAACUUUCUUUCUCAAAAGGCAUUGAAAGCAGAGUCUCUGAAUAUUUUAAGGUAGAGAUAGUAGCUUGUUGGUGAGCAAGGACUGAAAUUCUAACAGCACUAAACAGGGUCAACACUGAAAGGACGUUCCUUAUGGUUGGGGAGUCCAGAACCAAGAGUCACAGUCUAAGUGGCAGGCCAAAAGGGAUUGAGAUGAGGAGAAAUGUCUUCAUCCAGAGAGUGUAAGCCUGUGGAAUGGGCUACCACAGAAAGAUUGAUGCCAAAAUUUUGAAUGUUUUCAAGAAGGAGAUAGAUACAGUUCUUAUGGCAAAAGGAUCAAAUAGUAAAGGGUGAAAGUGGGAAAAGAUUAUGGAGUAGAAUGAUCAGCUGCGAUUAUAUUGAAUAGUAGAGCAGCCUGUAGGGGCCAUGGCCCACUCUUGUUCCUAAUUUAUAUGUUCAUAUGCGAAACAUAGAUAGUGCUGAAUGUGCACCUUUGCACACUGCAUGCACAUAGAACUAAACACACACAAACUGAUGCUGCUGGGUGAGUGAGUGUGACUCCUCCUGAAAGAAAGGUCCCGACCUGAAACAAAGACUGUCCUGCUUCUCUGAUGCUGCUUAACCUGCUGUGCUUUUUCCAUGUUCCACACUUUAUUGACUUCUCCAUCAUUAGUGUAUACUCUGAAAAUGGCCUUCUCUCCUCAAAUAUUCUCAACGCUUAGUAAAAAACUCAAAGAUGCAUGGGUAGAAUUUUUAACUUAGACAGGAUGUAAAAGAGGUAGGAAAUCAUUCACAUGAUAUAUUCUGUCCAAUUUUCCUUUCUAUUGAAGAUUUGCUAUGCCCUAUUUUAUAUAUCUAACAUCUACGGCAAAGUAACUGGUAACCCUGGUUAGAUCUUCACUCCCGGGCUCCGUACCAAAACAAUAAGGGAUAAAUUCAUGCAACUUAACAGUCAUUCGUUCAACUAUCAUCAUUAUUCCUCAAUUCUCUAUUUUGGGUGGACAUCACAGUAGCGUUGUUGAAUUAGGAAUUCACUGUAAGAGCAGAUAAUUUUGUCAUAAUAUUUGUUUCUUUUUUGAGUUGAUCCUGAAAGCUAUAGUAUGAUUCACCAAGUCCAAUUGCAGAUGCUGUUAAUUUUCAUUUUGAGUUGGGCUGGAGGGGGGCGUCUGGAUUCCUGGUCACUCCUUUUAAUUAUUACAACUUCUCCUACAAUUAUAAGUGUAUUGUAGCUCCAAUGUGCUCUACCUUUUUUUGAUAUGCUCACUGUUUUAAAAUGAAAAGCAAGUGCGUGACUUACUCUGAUUCAACUUUUCCAAGACUUGAGGAAAUAAGGAGUUUGGGUUUUUCAGUUUUGUUUUCUCCCUGCUCCAAUAUUCAGCCUCUUAAAAUCUAAGUUUUGUGUCUUUGAUUAUAAUUUUACUUUGUCAACUUGUUUAGUUGUUACAAGCUUCUUGGUACCUUAAAAUAUGGGCAUUGGCCAUUCAUGUAGGUUUUCCACACAAAUGAGUGUUUAGAUAUGGCCAUCUGUAGCAGUAACUGAAGAGGACAGAGAGCAGAAGCCCUUAGGUGCUCUUGUGAUUCUUUGCGCUCAGUAUUGUUAAGGCAGGAUUACUAAAGCCCAAAUACUGUCAACAGUCAGUGCACUAAAGUUAAUUUGUUAAGACAGACCAUGAGAUGGAGCACUCUUGUGAUGCUUCCUCCCACUGGCCGACACUGUCGUGGUGUCUUAUUAAAUCAGUCAGGAACCAUAAGGCCUCAUGAUCUACUCCUGAAGGAAAGAUUCCGUGCAGAAUCAACUGCAAGUUUAAAAUAAAUCUUGCCAUCAGAUGGCAACAAUCAUGGCGACAGUACAUAUAGAACGACCAACAAUGCUGUGAAAGGCUGCAAGCAAAGGACAAACUUUAAAAAAAUUAAACCCAGUGCUCUUCGAGCCAUCUUCCUUUCUUCAGUUUUUUUUUCUGCCCAUGCUGUUAUCUCUGGUUUAGGUACCAACAAUUUUAGCUCAAGUAUAUGUUCUUCACCUGUGAAUGUUAAGUCAGCUAUUUGUAUUUGUUGAGUGUUGCAACAGAAGCUUUGAUAAAGAAUCACUGGAUAGUGAUGCAGAGUGGAAGUUGCGGCUAAUUUUUUUUCACCUGUUGUGAGAACAAAGACUGAGAAUUUAAUCUCAGUGUUUAUCACAUUGGCUUGUACAUUUACCUCUACCAAUUAAGAUAGUGACUUUGUUCUAAAUAUAGUUAGAAUUUCCAAUGCAUUUCUGAGGCCUCAUUCUGUUUGCCCUACCCCAUGAGCCCCACGCGAUAGAAACGUAUGUCUAAGUUAUGGAUUCUAAUUCAUUAUAAUAUCAGUAUAUUUGUGUGGGAAACAGGGAACAGAAGUUGAAAUUUUGAGUUUUAGACAUCUUCAUGAACUGCUGAAGCUCACAGUUUAGGGCAACAUCAAGAAUUUGGUGAUGAAUUGUCAGUUUGCUUCUGUACAUUGAAACAUAAGACAAUGAAAUGGACAUGUUCAUCAUAUAUACAGUAAUAUAUAUAUAUAUACAGUAAUGUAUAUAUAUACAUAUAUACAUGUUCAUCAUAUAUACAGUAAUAGGGAACAGAUAUUUGGCAAACAUCUUGCCAGGCAAGUGAGUUGGAAGGUCCCAGAUAAGUCAAUAUAUUGGCAGUGAUUUUGUUACACUUUGGUGAAAUCUAUCUAGGUUAGUGCCCCAUUUUGGUAAUGUUGGAGGACAUUAAAAUCUUUUUGUCAUUCAAUCAUUACAUGAAGAGCUGACUAGUUGCCAUUCUUGAUACUAGCUGUAACCAUCAACACAAACUGAAAUCUAAUCAUUGUCACAAAAUGAAAUCUGUUAUGUAAAAUAGCAUUCCUCCUGUAGUAAUUCAAAAUCAGCUUUAAAUAUAUCGCUGCUUUUGAGAAAACAGGAGCCCACACCAGUAUCCAAACUUAAUUUAUUCCAGCCCAUAAACUACACCUAUGUAUGUACCUUCAAACACCUUGAUCAAAUGUUAUACUUAACUCAUACUGGGUAUCUCUUCUAUAUAUUAAAAAAUCCUUCGAUCAGAUUAAUUCUGUAACAAAUUCCAGGGUUGUCUAUUCAGCAUAUAAAGUGCCUGAAUCUCUUCAUUAAAUUCCAAUUUGUACUUCAUUUUCUCUCUUUUCUGUUUAUGUCAGAGGUUAUUUUAUUGGGUAUUUUAUUCAAGAGUGUUUAGUCUCUACCAGGAUCAUGUUGAUGAACUUAAUCAUCCUUUCUUGGGAUUGAUUUCUAGUGUGCUAUACCUGUCAAGUGAUACAUGCUUGGAGUGCAGGUUCAUAGUUCCUUGAAAAUGGAGUCACAGGUAGAUAGGGUAGUGAAGAAGGCAUUUUGUAUGCUUCUCUUUAUAGGUCAGAGCAUUGAGUACAGGAGUUAGAAGGUCAUGUUGCGGCUAGACCUUAGACCACUUUUGAAAUGUUGUGUGCAAUUCUGGUCUCCCUCCUAUAGGAAGGAUUUUGUGAAACUAGAAAGAGUUCAGUAAAGACUUACAAGGAUGUUGCCAGGGGUGGGGUCUUUGAGCUAAAGGGAGAGGCUGAAUAGGCGGGGACUGUUUUCCCUGGAGCGUCUGAGGCUGAAGGGUAACCUAUUAGGGGUUUAUAAAAUCAUGAGGGGCAUGGAAAGGAUAAAUAGACAAAGUCUUUUCCCUGGGUUGGGUAGUCCAGAACUAAAAGGCAUAGGUUUAGGGUGAGAUGGAAAAAGAUUAAAAGGGACAACAUUUUCACGCAGAGCAUGGUGCAUGUAUGGAAUGAGCUGCCAGAGGAAGUGGUGGAGGCUGGUAAAAUUACCACAUUUAAAAGGCACCUGGAUGUAUAUAUGAAUAGCAAGGGUUUGGAAGGAUAUGGGUUAAGUGCUGACAAAUGGAGCUAGAUUAAUUUAGGAUAUCUGGUUGGCAUGGCCGAGUUGGACCGAAGGGUCUGUUUUGGUGCUGGACGUCUCUAUGACUCGGUAAGUGUCUACACUCUAAAGAUCCACAGCACCUGAGUAAUGAAACAAAUGGACUGCUCACGUAAUCCUUCAAAGACUUUGAGUUUUAGCCUUAUGUCAUGGAUAAUAUAAUUUAUUUUAAUAUUGUUUGGACUGGUAAGCAGGAAGCUACAUACUGUUCGUUCUGGCACCAUCCUUGUGAAGUUAUUGUCUGCAAUUCCUCCAGUGCUUCAAUCUCUCUUUAUAGUAGAGAGACCAGAACUAUACAGUGUGGUCUAAACAAGAUUCUACAUCAAUUUAACAUUACCUUUCUGCUUCUGUAUUCUGUUACUCUAAACAUGAAGGAGCCAUUUUGAUUGCACGCUUUGAAAUUUUCAUAGAAAAAAUAUCAUAUAGCAUUUCUUACCAGUUCCAGCUCACUGGAAGAACUAGCCAAUUAUUCUCACUUUUCUCUUUCUCUUUUUCAAUGUUUUAUCAAUUCCUUUUUGAAAGUUGUUUUUGAAUUUACCUUCAGCAGGCUUUUAGGCCAUGCAGGUCAAGCAGUCUGUUUGACGAGCUAUGAUGCCCUGAAACAUUCACUUCCUCCAUCACUAAAUGCACAGUGCAGCAGUAUGUACCAUCUUCAAGAUACAGUCCAGCAAUUCUGACAGCAUCUUCCAAACUUGAGGUUUACCAUCUAAAACACAAGGAAACAGGUGCAUUGAAACGCCCCCACCUCCAAAUUUCCCCUUUAGUAACAGGCCGUCCUGAUUUUAAUAUAUAUUGUUAUUCCUUCAUCAUUACUGAAUCUCCCUACUUAACUGAAUUGCAAGACUACCUUUAGUGCACAGACAACAGUGGCUGAGGAGAAUUACUUACCACCAUUUUUAUAAAGGCAGUUAAAGAUUGACAUUGCCAGCUGCAUCCACAUCCCAUUAUUGAACAAAUAAAAACAUAAUUUAAAAAUUUCAGAUCAUAAUUGCCUAUUGCAUUCAAACAAAAAGGCUUACAUUGUCUUUAAUUCUUUUCCAUUUAUCUUCAAUCUGUUUAUGGACUCCCUGCAGAACUUGUUGCUCUCCUACCUCAUUUAAUCCAGAUGUUCUGAGGAAUAAGUGGAUUUUUUAUUCCUUUUACUGAGAUAAGUCAUCUCACUUUUCACUAUAUUGAAUCUAUAUCCAUUCAUGCAGUUCCCCAUAAUGUUUGCUGUACCAUCCAAUUUGCAAAUUUGACUUCACACCUUGUAGAGUGUAAGUCACUCCCACCACUCUCAUAUAAUGUUUCUGCAUUGCAUUGACCUCCUGCAGAGUCCAUGUACACUGAGCUGUAGCAUUUACUUUUAGAAAAUAUGGUCUUUAGGCAAAGUCAAUGGAGCUAUAUCAAGAUAGUAUGCUAAGAAGCAUUGAUGCAGUUGACUUGUGAAUGCAGAAGGUUGAAUCACUGUAUGAUAAUUAUUGUUUUUAUUAAAUGUAAGGGAGUUAUUGUGUAGCAAAAUUGUAAGAUACAAAAGCAAAUCUUCCUGAACAUAUUUUCACUCUCACUAUACAUAGAAAUUAGAGGAAUUCAUAUCAACAUUGUUUUUAAGUCAGAGCAUAGAAAGGUACAUACAGAGAAAGAGACAUGCACACAUGAAUCAAUGGAUAAUGUUGCAAUAAACUAGCCAUUCUUGUAGAAAAUGUCAAGCACCAAUUUCCUAUCAAUCAGCCUCACUUAACCCUCUUCUGAGUCUAAACCUUGCCGCCUUCAUGUUUUAAAUAUUAUUAAAAUAUUAUAGUGAAAUUUCACUGACAGGAGUAUAUUUUUUCAUUUUAUCCACAAGACCAUACAAAUAAUAUACAGAAAAACAAAUAUUCCUAAACUGAUUUUCUGUUUUUUACACUUGUAUGGUCGUAUUUGGAUUGAUAAAUCUUUUAUAUUGGUGGGCCUGUAUGAAGAUUUGGUGGCAGUACCGUUUGAUAACUCUCGAGCCACUGAAUCGUAAGGUUGUUUUUCAAGUAACAUUCCAAAAACUGUUCUGGUGGUUCAGUUUGUGAAAGGGUCUGUUCCAUGCACUGUUUGAAGAAGAGCAGGGUGCUUUUCUGAUAUACUGACAACUACGAUUCCCUUAAUCAACAUGACUUAAAAUAGAUUCGUUAGUCAUUCAUUUUAUUGUUCUUUGCAAGAUUUUGCUUUGCAGACUAUUGACUGUGCAUACCUAACUUUACCACAUUUCAAUCAAGUUCAUUUGUAUGUGAAGCACUUUGAGACAUUUCUGGGUUAUGAUAAGGUGUUAUAUAUAUAUAUUCAAGAAUUUGACUUUUUAUUUCCUACAUGCUUUCAAGUGAGACCUUUUUGAUGUUGUUGUACUUUGCAUAUUGCUUGCUGUACUUUUGCAAAACACAGUUUCCUCAAAAGAUCAUUUUAAUUUCUUUUUUAUCAAGUCCCUCUGUGAGAUUUGUCUAAUUUAUGUACAUUAGAUGGGUCCUAUUGCCAUGCAUGCUUGUAUUAUCAUGAAGCUGCUGUCUUUGCUAGGAUUCCAGGAGUUUACGACAGCUUUUGUUCCUCAUCCAAGUGGCCAAUAUCAACAACGAGUGACAGAAAAUUACUUGACUGUGGAAGACCUCGCUACUGAACACACAAUGUCCUGUACUAAAACUCCCAGGACAUUCAACUGCUUUCUCAAGAAUAAACUUAUCCAUUUUUUUUUGGAACUCACAGGACACUGUGAUGAGAGAAAAAAAUGUAUUUUGCCUUAUUGCUCUGUAGCUGAUAACAUUUAUCCAAUUGUUGAUCUAUACUCAAUCCACCACUAAAUAACUCCAACAGUGAGUACCCAUAUUUCAGAUAUAGACAUGAGUGAACUGCUGUGGAGCAUUCCUGUGGUUUGUGUUUGAGUGUUGAUUUAAUUAUUAAAUGGGUUAUUUGAUAAAGAA